GCCGUCUCCAACGAUUGCCAGCUUUACGGAGCUGACCUCCGACGUAGAUCUCCAUAUCGAUGAGAAGCUUGCUAAACGUCUUGUAUUGACAAGAUAAAUAGACAAAUAAGGAGCAGCCAUGGAUUUGGUGCAGUUUGUAGCUUCCCUGCUGGACCUACACAAGCAGCAGCUGCAGGCUCUGGCUCGUCAGGGGGAGAUCCAGGCUGCAGUCCUAUCACGGCUGCUGGACAAGGAUGGGCCUGGGCCCAGGGGUCAGGGCCUGCGGAUGCCAAGACUAAAGGUCGAGGAAGGGAAUACUGAGGUGUACCUCAGUGUGUUUGAGCAGGCUGCUGCCUCCUGCAAGCUGCCCAGGGCGGAGUGGGGUGCUAAGCUGGCAAGGCUGAUGGGCCAGGAGGUGCUAGAGGACAAGUGUCCCAUCUCCACGUCAUCCACUCUCCCUGAUUAUGAUGCCCUUAAAGCCAGGAUACUUAGCAAAGCAUGGGCAGAAGAGGACCAGAGCCGGCAGGACUUCUUUUCAGUGAGGUAUGACCCCCUGAAGGGUGUCCGUGAGUUGGGCCGGAGCCUGGACUGGGCUGCAAAGCGCUGGCUCAGGCCUGAGCACAGGACUGCUGUGCAGGUGGAACAGCAGGUUGCCAUGAAGCAGUUUGUCUCCCUCCUGCCGGAUGAGGCUGGGGUUUGGGUGCACAGACAGCACCCACGGGACAUGGAGGAAGCAAUCCGAUUGGCUGAAGAGUGUCUGAGCCUAUCCAGUGAGGAAAGCUGUUCUACCAGCACCACACCCACAAGACAGACAGACACAUCAGACAGACAGACUGAGCCAGGGGACACAGGGACUACUAAACGCAGAAUCUGUGAUCCAACUGGCAUCAAAGAAAACAUAACCAAGUCAUUUCUGAACAAGCUAGACACAGUAAAACUGGAAUCUGUCCAUUUCAGUCUGGAUAUCCCAGAGCUGGAGGUGAUUUUUCUGGAAGAAGAGGGAUUGGAUGAAAAAAAAUCUCUCAAGCAGGAAGUUUAUGAACAAGGUUUCCACAGUCCUCAGAUUCCCACUGACAGAGAGCAUGCUCCACAGAGUGCCCUUCUCUGCAUGCAGGACUCCCUGCAGCAAGAGUGCACAGACAGGAGAGGGAGGCUACGAACAAAAGAUCACUCAUCACUUGCUGCAGUUGAGAGGAUCUUAGUGGCGAGCUCAGAGAGACACAAGGGGACUGUACCACCAUUAAGCCAGCCCAGGAGGUCUGGCAGCAUCACCCAGCCCCACCUAGCAACACCCACCCCCUCUGAGCCAGCUCCCACCACCUGUGAGGUUCUGUCAGUCAGCCCUCAUCUAGCUCCACCUCUGUUGUGUAGCUCUGCUCUGUCUCGGUAUCAGGAUGCAAUGGUCAAUGGAUGUCUGAAGGACAGGGAGGAUUUUAGGUGGAGGCCUUUCCUGUCCAGACUGGGCCAGAAGAGAAAGCAUCCUCAUACCAUGCAUGAAAGCAGCUUGCCCACCUGGAUCCAGGAGACGCUACCCCAACCUCACAAACCCCGUACCCCUGCUGACCGUACCUACACCCACUGCUGCCCAGACUGUGGUCGCUCCUUUACACAGGUGAGCAGCCUCCAGGAGCAUCGGAACAUCCAUACAGGGGAGAAGCCUUUUUGCUGUGAACAGUGUGGGAAGGCCUUCCACCAUCGACGUACCCUGAACAAACAUAGCCGUGUACACUCUGGGGAGAGACCAUUCCACUGUCUGCAGUGUGGCUGGACCUUCAAACUCAAGGAUGCACUGAAGAGACACCAGCUUACCCACAACAGGGACAAAUCCAGCAGCAGCUGCCUGGCAAUCACUUGCCAACCGCCAGAGUAACAGCACCCUACAACUGGACAAUCAGUACCUUGCUGUUUCAGUUCAUUAAACAGUUUGCACAGUUUCACUGAUGUGAACACAGCCUUGGUCAUGCCAGUGACUUGGUGGAUACAUUGUCACGGUGCAUAAGGGACUUCCAGGCAGGUGCCCAUGGAUGUAGUCCUGAGAAGUCUGUAGGGUGGUGCCUUUCUAUUCCUGGCAUAUGUUUGUGCUGUGGUAUGUGUGUGUUUUGUUUGUGGUAUUUUCGUUGAGUAAAAAUUCACACUGACCCUGCAAUACUGUUCCUUUGUGCUAUGGAGGAACUGAGGGAACCUGAAGUAACUAUCUGUCAAUGAUCUGCGCUAUCAAACUGAAAGCACAGGCCCAAGAGCGUUAGCACUGCUGAUAUUACUAACUCCUAGACUGAGGUAUGACUGGCUGCAUCAAACAAAGGUCCAAUUCAAGGUGGCUGUUCCGCUGAUAUGCAGCGAGUAGCAUUUAGCAACAUGCCUGUGAAGUUUGGACGCAAGCACUAGAGGGGCCUCUUCCACUGGUAGUAAUACACACAAACACAGACAAUCUGUGUGUUCUUAGACCAUUUAAUGUGCUGUGUCUUAUCCUUCCUAAAAAUAAUAUUCUCAUUAUAUAUAUGGUACUGUAGAUGCCUGCCCAUAGCUCAGUGCAACUGUCAGUGCAUAGUCUUUGCUUAUAAUGUCAUAUUAAAUGCUGUAAAGAGCAUAGACAUCACUGUGAUGGCUGUUAAUAAAUGUAAUAAAUAUUCAUAUUCUCAGCUAUUCAAACUGCCACAGAAUGCUUAGUCUUGUUGGUAUUCUGCUCUUAGCAUGUCAGAUAUUCAUGUCUCAAACUGUUCUCAAAGGCUUAAUUUAGCUCAGAUUAAACCUCUUGUGUGAAUGUGCUGUGUGGUCAGUUGUCUACAUAUAUGUGAAGGAAAUGAUCAUUAACUAGCCUCUAGCCAUAAGAACAUAUACUUAGUGAGCACUUUAUUAAGUAUUUAUUCAACUUAUUUUUUUGACUCUUUAAGUCUUCUGCUGCUGUAGCCUAUCCACUUAGAGGUUUGAUGCCUGAGUAACCGGGCAAGAAGGGGCUUGGUUUGGGAGGCGGGCUAGAACCCAACGGUCACUCUAUCAGCUUCGGAAGACGUCUGCAGAGAACCUGCUGGAAGGACCAACAUCUCAGCAGCACAACACCAGUCAGGCCUUUAUGAUUCAGUGGCUAGACGGAAGCCUCUUUAGUAAAGUGCAUGACAGCCCUCUUGGACUCUGAGAGCAUGAAAGAUGCAUACAGAGAGGUCCUUGAUGUAAACCUGCUCCAGAGUGGAUGACCGCAGACUGGGGCGGUGUUUCACCUUUCAAUAUGACAAUGACACCAAGCAUACAGUCAAGACAAAGCUGGAGUGGCUUCACGACUGACUGUCCUUGAGUGUCCCAGCCAAAGCCCAGACUUAAACCCCAUAGAACAUCUUUGGAGACCUGAAGAUGGAAAUUCACAGAUGCUCCCCAUCCUAUCUGAUGGAGCUUGAGAGGAUCUGCCAGGAAGAAUGGGAUAAACUGCCCAAAUCCAGGUGUGCAAAGCUUGUAGAGACUUACCCAAGAAUACUCAAAGCUGUAAUUGCUGCCAAAGGGGCUUCAACAAGGUACUGAAUUAAAGGGUCUGAAUACUUACACUCAGUGAGCACUUUAUUAGGUAUUUAUUUGAAUUUUUUACUUACAGUACUGUGCAGAAGUCUUAGGCACCUGUAUAACAUCCUGCACAGAUAAGAUUCUUUCAAAAAUAAUUCAAUAAAUAAACGUACUAGGGCUAUACAUUUUACAUUACAUUUUAGUAAUUUGGCAGAAUAGUUAAAAACAAGGAUCAAUAUUUUUUGUGACCACCUCCAUUAAAACUGCAUCACUUCUCUAAGAUGUCCUGCAGUUCUAUAAGACAGUCAGCUGGGAGGUUGUUCCAAGCAUGCUGGAGAACUUGCCACAGUUCUUCUGCAGACUUUGGUUGGCUCCUUGUUUCUGAUCUCAGACAGCCUUGAAGUUUUUAUGUAAAAAGUAGUAAAUUGCUUAUAGUAAUGUUACUUUUUAAAAUUAAAUACAAAAAUGUCUCUGUAAAAUUAAGUCUUUUGGAAAAUGAAUGUUUGGAAAUCUCAAAUGUGUUCUUUUAUACUAACACAUAAACAUAUAUAUAUAAUAAAGUCUAGGGUGCCUAAGACUUCUGCACAGUACUGUAUGUCUUCUGCAGCUGUAGCUUAUUAAUUCAGAUGUUGUGUGUUCAGAGAGGCUCUUCUGCAUACCACUGUUGUAAUGUCUAGUCAUUUGCGUUGCUGUCAGCUUCCUGUCAGCUCAGACCAGUCUGGCCAUUCCUAGUGAGUAUGACCAUUUGCGCUCAUUGCUUGAAUCUCUUGUGCCAUCAAUUCAGGAAUGCACAGAAUUAUCCACUCUUCUGAAUCAUGCAAUGCUAUUACCACUUGUCACACCACAGCCAAUGUAAGACACAUUGUGUAAUCUGUAACAGUUAUACUUACAAGAUUGACCUGCACAUGCAGGUUGCUGGAGAGCAAUGAAAUCCUUACUGAUUAAACCUUCUCUAUUCA